UUAAAAUAACAUAUUCAAAAUGCACUAUUUAUUUUGACUCGCAUUCUAAUGAUCUAUUUCAUUUGAAGAAUUUGAUACUUUUUAAAAUUUAUAUUAAAAAUACUCUUUUUAUCAAUAUAGAACUUAAUGUGCUCUUUAUAAAAUAAACGAUUCAAAAUUAUCCAUAUCAUUUAAGAAAUUAUUUUGUUAAAUCAAAUUUUAAAAAAUAUUUUGCAAAUCUUAAGUACAAACGCCGAACAUUUCGAAUUCAGCGACGUUCCGCGGCCCCAAACGCCUCCACCUACCUCCCCGAAUCGACGCCCUUCCCUUCAUUCUCCAACGGAACACCACUGGCCAAAUUACACAAGGAAACACAAACAUUCUGUAAUUACAAAAUGGCCGACUGGCAAGGAUAAGAGGCAUUUACGUGCCAUUUAAAUUCUUGAGUAGACUAGAGUUCAUACGAUGUCAUUUCCUUUUGUAAUUCCAAACAGGACCCUGUACAACAAAUAAUGACGAAAAUACCCAGGAUCUUGCCAAGAAUGAGGGGGCUUAAAUGCCAUUUGUGUUUCCGGAGUUCCGACCCCGCAUUCAAAUUUCUGGUGCUUUCGUACUUCGUGCAGGCUGCAGCUGUAGUUCCUGUUCGUCUCCUUCGCAGGGUAACGGCAGCUUUAGGGCACAUUUGAACUUCAUUCGAUUGGUAGGAGGAUUAGGCGACUGUGUUUGUCGUUGGUUAUUUGAUAGUAGUUGCAUGCACUGAAUCUUUCUCACGCCUGGAGAGGAUGGAGCUGCAGAUGGCGGAGGCGGAAGUGAAUUUCCUCAGCCUGGAAGUUGAUUUUGAUUACGAGUUCGAUGCAUCGAGGUACUUUGACUUUGUCAGGGAAGAGACCCCGUCAGAGGCUUGGGAGGCAGAGUUCUGGUUCGAAACUGCUGGGAGUUACCCCCCUUCUCCUUUUAUAUCAAAAAUGGUCCUGGAAAAGAAUAUCUUUGCUGGAACUGUAAAUACCCUCCCCAAGUCUAAAGACACAGAAAUGCCUAGUUUUCGUCUGGAUAGAGCAGGUGGCCGAGAUCUCUAUGAUUUAGAUGAAAUAUCCAAUGUAUUUACAGUUCAAAAUUGUGUGCUUCAUGAUCCUUGUCAAAAUGAGAAGAGAUUUGUUUUUGGUUCAUCUGCACGAGUCUCAACCUUGAUGAAACCUACUGCUAGUCAUCUUGCCAAGCAUAAUAAUCAUCGCCAAGUGAGAUAUGCUCAUCAAUCAGCACAUAGAUUGCAAAAGCCGCUUGUUGAGGAAUGUGUGAAGAACUCUGAAGAUCCUUCAGAAAAUGGUGUUCAAGCUGCCAAGAGACAAAAACUAGAGGGUGGAAUUUUGCGGAAGGUUGUUACCGAGAAGCAACAAAUUGAUUUGAUGCACAAGAUUCCAGUAAAUAAUAACAAAACCUCUACUUGCAAACUCAGACUCACCAUUCCUAGAGAACCAGUGCUAGAAACAGCACAGAGGUCACGGAGAAUAAGAGCUCAGAGGUCAAAUGUUAAUAAACUAUCACAGGAAGAAAAGACACCAGUUACAACAACUUUUAAAUCUCACCCUCUUAAUAGAAAGAUUACUGAGGCUCCCUCAACGCCUAGCUGCCUGAAGAGCACGCCAACAUUACCAGAAAUUCAAAAUUUUAAGUUGAAGACAUCUGAGAGGGAUUUUAAACACUCUGCAGCUACUUCAUCAUCAUUGGUUGUAAACAAUCAUAUCGCAGGUAGAUAUUGUGAACAAAGUGUUAAAUCACACUUGAAAUGUUUCCAGCGCCAACCUUCUAUUGCUUCAAAAUCUGUCUCCGUUGAUCAGAGGAUUCAUAAUGAUGAAAACAUUCGGCCCAAAUUUAAAGCUAGACCACUUAAUAAGAAGAUUUUAUCCAGUAAGGGGGAUAUUGGUGUCUUCCGUUGUGCCAAGCAAGAAGCAACUAAACCAAUGGAAUUUAACCUUUCAACAAACAAAAGAAGCCAGCAAGAUCUGCCGCAAGAUCUGCCAACGGAACUUUUUAACAAGUUGAAGCUCUCUAUAAACUCUGAUGGAUCGCACUGUUCUGAGAGUCUGACAUCGCCUUUAUGGCCUUCUCACGGAUCUAGGAAGGUUUUAAAGGGGAAUGUAAAGUACAUUGCACAACAAGGACAUAAGGCAAGCUCUGAAAAUCAAGGAAACUUAUUGAAGAAUGAAGCGAAGCUGUUUGGUUUUGAGAAUGAAGAUUGUAGCUAUCCCAGAUUGGAAGCAAACAAUAUGAGAAGGCAUGUAAUCCGCUGAUGGAAAUUUCAGGGAACAAAUCUAUUUUUUUUUUUCUAAUGUGGAGGCUAUGCUUUAAAGGUUUAAACAACUCCUUCGGAUAAACUUUUGCUCCUUUCUUUUCCACGGGGAUAGAAAGAUAGCCAAGUUUUCACGAGGCAAUGACCUGGUCCUUUUGGCCACAAUUUCCACAUUAAGUGAAAAUUUCAUUACUCAUUAGCCGAAGAAUGUGGGGCUGGCAACCUGCAGUGUGUUACUUAUAUGAGUGACUGAAAAUUGGUGCACAUAGAAGCAAAGUAUUUCAAAUAUUGGACAUGUCGGAAUUCGGUCAAAGUCUUGUACUGAAAUCUGAAACAUACAAAAUUUUACAAUCCCCAUAAAUUUAUAGUCUGUAACGGUCAAUUUAUAUGAUAAAAUAUUCUGUAA